UGUUCUAAGCAUGGUCUGCACGUACAUUUCACAUGCAGACGUAUGUAUACAGAUCAACAGUGUAUCGGUGUCUGUGAUUCACGGCCAGAACACACGCUUGUACGGCAGACGUGCACGGAGUUAUAACAGAUGCCUCCAUGCUUCGUUAGGUUUUGCCUAGCCGUGUUAUUGUACAAUUACGUUUUGUGAGUUUACACAGCUUUGUUUUAUUCAAUUUACAAACAUUUAUACACAAGAGAAAGCUAUUUUUGCUCCCGGGGUAACGAAGUUACAAAUGAAUCAAGAGAUUUUUUACUCAAGUGUUUGUGAAUCUUGAGACACGUUUCUUCGUUACUGCCGCUUGAACUGUCCGUGGCUUCUUAUACCGCAAAUCAAUUUAUUGCAAGGAGUCCAUACACAGCUGCCGGUUUUACCGGUUGGAUCAAUAGUCUUGAUGGCUGACUAUUGACUCCGGGAAAACUAAGCCCUUUAUCACUGCUCACUUACAUCAUAACUCUAGAUUCUAGUCAAUAUUUCUAAAAUCUGUCAUAAUUACCCUUUUCGUAAACGGAAAGAUUAACAUCAGCGCGCGUCGGUACAAUCUCAAAUGUCGAUUUUCCUCGCCAGAUUAAGUGACAGUUGUGUAAAUUGGUCUGGUUGAAGUAGAUCUGUAGCAUUAGCUAGGACAGGUUAUCUGGGGCUGCCAGUCGUGGUCAGUCGUUACGGAACGUCUGUCUAUUAGCUUUGGAACUUCUUAGUGGAUACUAACUAUUGGUCAGUGAUAUUCCUGGACAACUGGUCUUCGGAACCUUUCGGGCAGGAACCAACACAGUCAGGACUAGAUGGAUGCGAUACUGGAAGGAGGCCGUCCUAGACAUUUUCCCCAAUAGUGAUACCAUGUCCGAGAACCACGUAGACAACCUGCCAUGGUCUAUCUACCAAAUCUAAAUACAAUGGUGACUGCGAUUCUGUGGGUGGUGAACCUGACGCUCGGCUACUGUCCGGACGAUUUGCUCAGCGAGGUCUUCACGUGUCUUCACAACCUCACGUACGGUAGCGGGGACAGCAUGCUCAUCACGGGCGCAGACGCAGACCGCAUGCAGCGUCACUGUCGACACGGUGACCUAGACGAUUCAGUUGAUUGCCUUAAUAAAAUAUAUAGUCAAUGUACAAGUCCGAGGGACUUCGAAAGGUUACGUAAAUUCGCCGACCCGGACGCCUGGAGGUCGGGAUUCCAAAGAUUCUGCAGUAACACAGACUUUUAUGUGGAGCGACGGACCUGCGUUACUAAGUUAGACAAGGAAUUGGAGAAGUGUAUAAAACGUCACGAGGAGUUCACCAUUCAGUCGUCCAAACAAAUUCCAUCUUAUUCCAACGAUCAAGUGGAGGAACGCGAAAAUCAGAGAAUAGAACAGAUUUGUCGGUUUUUCCAUGGGGCGAAUCAAUGUUUGAAUUCGGACAUUGGGUCUAAGUGCGGACCGGAAAUUAGUGCCAUCCUGUCAGACUUCGCGGGGGGUAUAAUGCCGCCCGUUUGUAGAGGGUAUACAUUCGAUACAUCGUCAGCAUCACACAUUGAGUUAUCUUCCCUUGGACUUUUACUUAUUUUUGCGCUUUUAAUAUUUCGUAAAUAUAUCGUAUAGUCUUAACGCUUUGGUUAUGCGAUCUUCGACAUGGUAAUAGCUUUUACUUCACAACUCUCAUCAUUCUGCACCUGGAAUUGUGGACCCUUUGCUCAAAGUCAACUGGGACCAUUGGAUAAGCUAUGUAUUGUCACCGAUAUCUUGUCACAUUUCUGUGAAAUGGAUUUUUUUUUGGAAACGUGACAACUCUGGUGUUCAUAUCAUAUGAAAUGUGAUUUUUACCAUGACAUGAAAUUGAUUUUCUUUACUCAAUUCAAAAGGUGUUGUGUUGUGGGAAAUUAAAAAGAUAAUAACACGCUCGCUUGGUGUUUUCUUCGGUAUGGACGAAUAUAUGCGGUGAAUGGAUACCUGUUUCAAAAUGGAUACAAAUGUUAAUAAGGAUACACGUGAUACACGGAACAUUGAUGCGUGUGUGAUUUGGAAGGAUGAACGCCUGCGAGUUUUGUGUAUCCGUGUGAAUCUACAUACAACUAUAUAAAGAGCAUUUAUAGCAGUGUUGCUGGAAAAAAGAAUGUAACUUUUCUCAGUCAAAUAAUCACUAAAAACGCAAAAACUGCAGCGACUCUGUAACCCGAAUAUAAUUGGUAUAAAACGUUAAUGAAUAUCAAACUCCUUCCCAGAAACCCAUCAACAUUGAGUUGAAAAUGAGAAUAUUGAACUAAAUACUGAAAUUUCCCGCAUGUCACUGAACAUUAGACAUAUUUUACGACGGAAAUAACCGACUUGCCAACUGGACCGGACGUGACGUACCAGGGGAAACAAAAUUGGAUACCGUGGGCUUCGAUUUCCGGAUUGAAAGCAUAUGAUUGGUACCAAUUUCCGGUGGGAAUAGCGGCACCGGAAACGAACGAUGGUGGUGUGGCGGAUCGUGACAGAACACAGAACAGAUUUUUGUCAGGGUUGACGUAUCAGAUAAUCCCCUAUGUGGUAAACAGUCGUCGCACUCCAAAAUUAGCUACACCCUCGAAAAGUUACUCCUCUGUACGGAUUGUGUCAUCAGGAUUACAUGGACCGUUCGGAAGUACUCUGUUGGAACCAUUUCGUCAGUGAUGAAGCCUUCGUGAUUAAUCGUGUUUCCUCGUGGCAUUUGCUAUUCGGGACAUGGUCACUGAGAAUGACUUCUAAACGGGAAAUAUUCCCAUUUCUCACUUAGAUCCGGAGAAAUAGAAGAAAAUGUGAUUUGAAUAGCAUUUCUUCAUCAAUAGAUAUGAUUGAAGUUGUUUUUUUCUGAUAAAUUCACAAAUCACAUUUCCUUAACUACCCUCAAUAUAUAUUUGGAAAAUCGUUCUCUAGAAACUGUUUAGGAUAGGAUUUAGAUCCAAUUGUGAAAUAAACUACAAGCAAAUUACUCUUGUUGAACCGAAUGAGAAUGUGAAGCGGGUCAUAAUACAUCUAUGGAAAGAAUCCAAACCGACAUACUUUAAAAAACAAAACUCGUGUUCUUGCAAAGGAGCUUAUCUCGGCUGGCUGUGUUACUGCAGUACACUAACCAUUGUGCCACUGGAUUUUGAUUAUUUUCCAACGCCGAACCUGUAGCAAUUCGUUCAUUCAUAUUUAUAUACAUAAUUUUAUUUUACUAAGGGAAAUUAGUUAAUAAGUUAUACGUUCGGAAUUAUCCGCGAAACUGAUAUAAUCCUGUAUAGGAAUGAUCUAACUGAAUCAUGAUGUUGUCAUACUUUGAGCGUUCGCUGUAAUUUUUUGUAUGAAUGUAAAGCCAUAUUUUGCCUAUUUGUACAAGUCAUGGUUACGCUGCACGUGUGUUUGGAUGGAUGUUUUUACAUGAAAAUGUACUGUUACAUGCAGUAGUCUUUGGUUAUGACCAAACGAUGCACCUGCUUUUUAAAUGGCCAUUAAGGUUAAAGUUCAGAAGUUCUUCUGGUGAAUUCAAUUAUGAUACAUAAAAUUGAAAUAAAAGUUUGAAUUCGUUUCUUUUUUUCCCCAAAUCCAUCCAGAAUAGUUUGCAUUGCAAAGUUACCUGAGCACGUGUUUGCACGUUCAUUACACCAGUGGUAGAACUGAUGGGCCGUGAAAUGUGUUGUGAUCUGUCUGGUUGUACCGUCUGUGGAACAGCUGAUCAACAGAUAGUACAGUUCUCAACACAUAGCUGUGUGUACAGGUUGUUGUCUCAGAUUUUAAUUGCUGUUUAAUAUGGAUACGCUUGCGAUUGGAAUGACGAUUCUACUGCAUACAUCAAUGUCUACAUGAUAAUUGAAACAAACAAACAGAAGUGAAUUCAACACUUUCAGCGUCCGGUAGCGAAAAAAGCACAUUCUCUGGAAACUAUUGUGUUUAACGACCAACCCUGAAGUCGCUCGAACGAUUGAUUCAGACGCGUGUACAGUUAUUUUAAAGCGUCACAUUAAGAAGCGUCCAAUAGUCAUGCUAUGUAAAGUGAAAACAUUUUAAUCAACUGAUGAAGUUUAUGUAUUUCACCAUAACCCUCAAAUUAAAUCAUUGAAACAAAACGAAAAUAUUUAAUUGCUUUUUAAUAGAUAAUCGUGUGUGAUAAGUAGUAAGCUACUAAGCUGGCGGGUUCCGAAUCUUCUUCUUUUAAUGAAUAUGAAUUGGUAUAUGUGGUCGACUGAACAAGGACAGCCACAAAUAGACAACUUAAGUACGACACUAUCUUGACAUAAUAAACGAAAGGAAGAGUUGAAUCAAUACGUGACAAAAAUUAUGAGAUCUUGAUAAGUUCUCCAUUAUUUCUGGUUGAGAAGGAGAAUUUCCCGGUACCAUUUCCGGUUGGUAAACAUUCCAAUCUUAUAUAUACAAUACCGCAAAUCCUUGUGGAAUUCUAGAUAUUAUCUAUGGCGGAGUCAUUAAAAUUUCAAAUAUGAUGAAGAUUUCUCGUUUGUUAAUUAUAUUCUCUAAUUUUGAUCCAACCAUAAGUAUAUAUGUAAGAAUUAAUAUACAAUUUAAGUCCUCGGACUUAAGUACAAGACGAACGGUACAAUACCCUAAUAUCCUUGCUAAUUACUACUUACUAAGUCGUCUUCAAGUGUAUGUCUCGAGAGUCUGGAGUAAUUUAGACGCCAAUACUCGAGAGAAAUUACUGAAUAACCUUAGCUUUCUACUGCUGCUGAAGAGAGAGGAAUCUUGCCGAACUAGAGGCCAUUAAUUGCCGAACUGUAUACAAAACUUUCUUUUAUAUCACUUAGCGAAUCUGUAUGGAUACAUAUCUAUAUAUUGUACAAAGUGCAAAGUAACAUAUUCUUUCCCUGUAGUUAUCUAGAUAAUUAUGCACAAUGAUCUACAAACCGUGGGCAUCUUUAACAGGACAUCGCGAAUUAAUGAUCUUCCUUUGAAUUUUCUUUGGCGUGUUUUGUGAUUCAAUAAAUGAAUUAUUAACGCUAUUUAAUCAUUUAGUCCAGUCGUGAUCCAGCAGUGCUAUUUUAAAGAUUUUAUUGAUUUUGAACUCAUGAUCUGGGAAACAGAUCCAUUCUGUUAAUAUACAGCAUCUCUUAUUAAUACACUUUGUAAUAUUAUCAAAAAUAGUGUUUUGUAUUUUUUUGAAAUAUGCCUGUCAGAAAGGAAUAUUGGACUUUCACUUAGCAUCAAGCUUAGAGGGUUAAUUACAUAGUGUUUAUGAAACACGAGCCGUACAGUGUAUUGGAUGUAUGCUUACGUAAGUGUGGUGUGGACUCUCCCAGUGUCGAACUUCGGCCAAGAAUCUCGAGUCCAUGCCGGAACUUCAUUGCAGGGUGUUUGUUUUCAAUUACACAUUAUGAAAGUAAAACAAUUUCUCCACUCACUCUGCCAAUGUGGACAAAAUUGUACCCCCUACCAAGUUGGACAGCUUUGAUAUAGGAAUUAAGCACGUGGUAUUGGAGCUGUCAUAUUUUAAUUUUAGUCCUUAAGUAUGACUGAACUGUUUAUGUAUGUGAUACAUUUAGUUAUUGUAUAUUAUUUAUUAAAAAAGUAUCACUGAUAUCUUUCAAUCACUGAUAUAUUUCACGUGAAACGUUUUACGAGAAAGAACGAGAGAGAGAACGAAUAUGCACAAAAGAAAGAGAUUGAGAGAACAGAUGAAUGAAAUAUUUGAAAUCAGAUCACUUGCGAUAUUUUUGGGUUAAAGUGAGUUUCAAUUACAUUCAAAAUAAAAUAAAAUAUUUGCA